UGCCAGCACGCAACAUUACGGCCCUGGCUUAGACCCAUUCACAGAAUGAACGAACCGCUUGCCGCUUGCGUUUCGUUCGUGUAGUCACUCAGUAGUGUCAUGGAGGUAACAUGGCCGAGGAGACGCGCCUAGUUCGCGUUGAAGAGAGGCUAAGGAUCAAAAUCGGAGAAGCAAAAAAUCUUCAAAGUCGAGGUCAUGGAUCUCCAGGUACAAGAGAUGUUUAUUGUACCUUGUCACUGGAUCAAGAAGAAAUAUUUAGAACGACAACUAUGGAGAGAACUCUCAAUCCGUUUUUCGGAGAGGAGUUCCAAUUUGAAGUACCCAGAAAAUUUCGUUAUCUUGGCAUUUACGUGUACGAUAGAGAUAGACACCUGAAGCAGGAUAAAAUUUUGGGGAAGGUAGCAAUAAAGAAAGAAGAUUUAGCUACAUAUCAUAACAAAGAGCAUUGGUUUCCUCUGAAACCAGUCGACGCUGAUUCUGAAGUCCAAGGCAAGGCUCAUUUAGAACUUGCUUUGCAGCCUCAAGUCGAACAUGCUCAGCCUAAACUUACAGUAAGAAUAAUAGAAUGUAGUGAAUUAACCAUUAAAAAUGGUAGCUGUGAUCCCUUUGCAAUUGUUACAGUCAUUUAUAGUAAUGGCAAACAGUUAUCAAAACGCACAAAAGUUAAAAAGAAAACAGCCUCUCCAUAUUUCAAUGAAACAUUUGUAUUUGAACCAGAGUUAACAGAGACCAGAGACAAAGAUGUCUCCCAUUAUUCCAUUGAAGGAGCUGAAGUUGGAGAAGUAGUGGUUGGUUUGUGGCAUGCGUCUCCCGGUAUGGGAGAACAAUCGGUGUUUCUUGGCGAAGUUCGAGUUACGUUAAAAGGAUUACAAAAACAACCGACUAGUACAACAACUGCAUGGUAUUUUUUACAACCUAGAGCAGCAAAACAUCGUCCAAGUAAAAUUACAAAUAAUUCCACGCCACCUGGUACAUUACCAGGUUUGGGAUCGUUACGUUUGAAAAUUCAUUACAUAGCGGAUCACGUCUUCCCAUCUGAAAUGUACGAUAGACUUAAAAGUCUAUUGUUACAAAGUGUUAACAUUCAGCCGAUAACAUCAUCGGCUGUUUACAUAUUGGGUGAAAUUGUAGCUAGUAAGAUGGAAGCUGCGCAACCAUUAGUUCGAGUAUUAGUGCAUUAUGGACAGUUGGUGUCUGUAAUGCGAGCACUUGCUAGUCACGAGAUUUCUAAAUUGACUGACCCGACGACGAUAUUCCGUGGUAAUACAUUAGUAAGCAAGAUGAUGGAUGAAGGUAUGAGAUUGGCAGGUCUCCAUUAUUUGCAUAGUACUCUUAGACCUGCGAUGGAACAAGUCUUUCUUGAAAAAAAGCCAUGCGAAAUAGAUCCAACUCGGGUGAAGGAUGGCAAUACAACAGAGACGAAUUUGACGAACUUGAAGGAAUAUGUUGAGAGAGUAUUUACGGCUAUAACGACAUCGGGAGUGAGAUGCCCGCCAUUAAUGUGCGAAAUGUUCUGGUGUUUGAGAGAACUCGCUGCGACUCACUUUCCAAAAAACAAGGAAGUGAGAUAUUCGGUGAUAAGUGGAUUUAUCUUUUUACGAUUCUUUGCUCCUGCAAUAUUGGGUCCAAGAUUAUUUGAUAUCACUACUGAACAAAUUGAUUCGCAGACCAAUAGAACGUUAACAUUAAUAUCCAAGACGAUCCAAAGUCUUGGAAAUUUAGUGUCUUGCAGAGGAGGUGCAGGCAGUGUAUGCAAAGAAGAAUAUAUGGAAUGUGUGUAUAGAGAAUUUUAUACAGAAAGACAUAUACAAGCGGUCAAGCAAUUUCUAGAGUUAGUGUCAACGAGCAGUAAUAGUAGCGGUAUUACGAAGCAACGUCCAACAGUGUCGCAAGAACAACCAGUGGUACUCAAAGAAGGAAUAUACUUUCUCUUUGUGCACACUACCGAUUGCAACAAGAGUGUGAUGAUUAAACGAGCGCAAGGCAGAAAACGAUUUGGUCGCAAGAAUUUCAAACAGAGAUAUUUUCGACUUACCACGCAUGAUCUGACAUAUUCUAAAACCAAAGGUAAAGAACCUUUGUGUAAGAUACCAUUAGGAGAGAUUUUAGCUGUGGAAAGACUUCAUGAAGAUUCUUUCAAGAUGAAAAAUAUGUUUCAAAUUAUUCAACCACAAAGAGCAUUAUAUGUUCAAGCUGGCAAUUGUGUAGAGGAAAAGGAAUGGAUUGACAUUCUUACAAAAAUAUGUCAAACGAACAGUAACCGCUUAGAAAAAUAUCAUCCAAGUGCAUACAUCAAUGGUCAUUGGCUUUGUUGUCGGGCAAUUGCUGAAAUUGCACCAGGGUGCAGUGAAGUAUCGCCAGGUAUAGAGGCUGGAUUGCGAAUGGUUUUGGAUCCAGAUCGUGAUUUGCAAAGAAUACAUUCGUUAAUCUUUACAAAUAUGCCACGUCUCGAGACAUUGAUGAAUGCCUGUGAAUGUCAGGCGGUAUAUGGCGCUAGUGACAUGUGUGUUAUUCCGGAUGGUGGCUCGCCUAUAGAGGAUGUACCUUCGUGUUUCAAGACUUUAAACGCACUCAGAGAAGCUGCAUACUCAUUGGAGCGUGAACAUAGAGCCUAUUUUAGAAGACUGGCACGCGACACCAAAUAUGGCAGCAAGCAGGCUCCCAUCGGUGAUGACAACUACCUCCAUUUAGCUAGUAGAGCGGGAUUCGAUAAUCAAUUAACGAAGCGAAUGUACGAGUUGGAUGGUCUAAAUCAACGAUCCGUAGAGGCCGAACAUUAUGACAUGGGGUUCUCUAGAAAAAUUGUCGAGAGUCAAAGAUACGAUGAUACAUUCAGGAAAUGUCUUGAUUCUAACUCCAUUACUCGUAGGUAUGAAAACGAAAACAAUUUAUUGCGCGGAUACGAAAAUAAUAGUGAUACUAUCAGAAGUAUCCAAAAUGAUCUCAGAAAAUUUGAUCAUAGUUUAAACAAUACAUUAAGAUCUGAUAAAUUGGAAAGGAAUGCUAAUGAAAAUUUAGAGAAUCAUAAAAGGCUAGAUAAUACCAGUUUAUUAACGGCAGAUAGUAUAAACUUGUCGGGAACAUUAUCUCGGAAAUUGGAUAAUUAUGACAACACUAGAGUAUUGGGUGAAUGUACAUUGACGAGACGACUACAGGACGACAUCCCUGAUAUAUCUUCUAAUUCAAUAAGUGAGCGUGGCAAUCAUUAAUUACCAAUGAUGUACAAAUAUAUAAGUUGCACGUUCCUAUCAGAGUUGAAGAAAUGAUUACGAGGGACGAGAAAA